CAUUAAGUCAACAUAACAUAUAUAAAUUGUAUGUUUCUCUAUUCUUCAUCAAACAAUAUAAUUUGCCCGUGAUAUUACAUUCUUUUCAAUGGAUAUACCAAGUCCAGACUCGAGAAAAAAUAUUCUGGACGUUCUGAACAAAGAUUGUGUUCAAGAAAUAUUACGUCGUUUAAUGUGUUUAGAAGAUAUUCAAAGCGCAGCCGAGGUAUGCAGUCGAUUUCAAGAAUGUGCACAAAGGUGUUUUGCGGUGAUGGAAAAGCAUACAUUUGAAUGGAUUGGAAUUGGAUGGCCGGGAAAUGGUGCAAAUAAUUUGCAAUAUGAUCAUCUCAAAAGGUUCUUAGUCAUCUUUGGUCAUUUGAUUCGAUCGAUUAGAUGGCUGCCCCACGGAUAUCCCGAAUAUGAUCAAAAUACAAUUCAUAUAAUUGCGAAAUGGUGUGGUAAGACACUAAAGGAAUUUCAUAUAUAUGAAUAUAACUUAAUAAUGAAUGACCAAAUACAAUUUAAAGCGUUGGAAAAAUGGUCGUUUUGUGAUGCAUUACCGCACAACUUCAGGCUGGAUUCACCAUUGAGAUGUCUAUACAUCUCCGGUGAUGCCGUAGGACAGCGACCAUGGUUUGUGCGUGAGUUUCCACAUUUGGAACAGAUCCAGUUUGGUCAAUGCGAUAACCUAACACACAGUAUAUUAAUUGAGUUUUUAUUACUCAAUCCGCAGUUGAAGAGCCUGGAAAUUUAUGAAUGCCAGAGCUUGCCAUAUUUGACACUCGAAAUUAUUGCAAGUUGUUCACCAAAUCUCGAACAUCUGUGCUUUUUCGAUUCGUACUUUUUGAGAAGAACGUAUAUCUUACAAAAACGAGAUGUUUUGAGGCCAUUGAUCAAAUUACGAAAACUAAAAAGUUUGGAUUUUCGAUGUUCAUAUCGAUUUUCUUAUCGAUUUUCGUACCGAUUUUCAUACCGACAAUUGAUCAACUUUUUAGUUGAAAAUGAUUUACCAAUUGAACGAUUGGCACUCAAUCCGAUGGAUACGCGCAUUUCAAGCCAAUACAUACCAACAUUGAAAACACUUAUACACAUUGUUAUUAAAGGAAACAUUACAGUAGAUAGGCUCAUCAGAUUGAUGAAAACGCAAACCGAUUUAAAGACAAUUAGUUUUGAACCAUAUUGUCAAUUGGAAACUGCCACAUCCGUUUAUCAUGUGUCAAAGAUUACGGAAACUUUAAAAUAUGGACUAAACUUACAUCGGGUGGUGUAUUUUGGACCUGGAUUUGAUAUCAAUUUAAAAGAAUACGAAUCAAUUCUGGCCCUUUCAACCGGUCGUGUUUAUGUUGAAAUUCAAACAUCACAAACCAAGAUCGAUGUUCCACACAGCGUUUUACAAGCGAAUCGUAAAUGGGUGAACAUUAAAAAGUAUCGUUUGGGUGCUAAUAUGCGGCAAUGGUAAAGCCUUAUUUUUUGUUUUAUUUCGUAAUUUCAUCACUGGAUUCUACAUAUUUAUU